AUGGCGCAGCCGUUUCCUGCUCCCCAAGUCGGCAUGGCGCACCAUCCAGGCAUGGUCCAGAAUCACCCAAUGGCUCCAGCUCAGCAUCCGGGUGCCGCGCAUCUCGCUGCCCAGGCUCCCGGCGGCGGCAUGAUUCAGCAGGUCCAUGCUGGUGUUUCCGCACCCGGAGCUCCCCAGGCCUCCCAACCGGGCCCAAUGGCCGCCGGAAUGCAGCCCGUCUCGGGGCCGGGAGGACCUGGCCCUAAUGCUCAUGCUCUCUCUCAUCUAGGGCCUGCUCACUCGCACCAGAUGUUCCAGUCGCCGCACCUGGCUCAGAACUUUGCAAAUAACCCACAACUCCUGCAGCAACAUCACCUGCAACAACAGCAAUUCAUGCGCCAACGGCAGAUGUUCCUCCACCAACAGCAACAGCAAAGGGUACAGCAAGCUCAGCAGCAGCAGCAACAAGCUCAACAGGCCCAGCAACAACAGCAGGCCCAGCAGCAGGCCCAGCAGCAGCAACCCGGCCAGCCGCAACCGCAGCAACAACAGCAGCCACAGCAUGCUGGUAUACCCGCCUCCAUGCCUAACGGAACACAGGCAGUGACAUCGGCCCACAUGGCCGUGGCCCAGGCCGGCAACCCGGUCAUGCACCCAGGAAACAUCCCUCCUCACAUACAACAACAUCUACAGGCCCAGAACCAUCAUUCACAGGCCCAGAACCUACAUCAGCAACAGCAGCAUCUCUUCGCCAUGCAGAUGGCUCACCAGAACAAUGCUGCCGCGCAGGCACAAGCUCAAGCUCAAGCACAAGCCCAGGCCCAGGCCCAGGCCCAGGCUCAAGCUCAGGCUCAGGCUCAGGCCCAGGCUCAGGCCCAGGCUCAGGCUCAACAGCAAAAUGCACAGCAAAGAACCACCCAAGCACAAGCUUUGCAUGAUUCCCAGGGUGGAACUCCUCAUCCACAGCCACAGCACCAACAACCUCCAGGCACAACCGCCCCUUCCCAGCAACCCGGCAUACCUCCUACCUCGCAAGCUGGACCUCAGCCUCCACAGCAACAACCACAACAGGGUCCCACCCCACAACCUACGCCGGGUCAACAUGUAGGACCCCCUCAGCAGUUGGCUGGGCCGGACGGGCAGAUGCGAAUAGCUCAGCAGCAGGCUAUGCAGCAGAUGAUGAUACCCCAGCGCAUGGCAAAUCCUAUGAAAGGAUCAUCCAUAAUCAGAUUAUUCUCUUUUGCAGAGUGUCUCAGCGGCUAUUCUAACCGAAAUCCUUCGCCGGGAUUGCCAUAUUGGCAGUCAUUCGUGGAGCAGUUCUAUGCACCAAAUGGAGUUCUUCGUUUGGUCGUCUUUAAUGCGCAACGCGGGACCAAACAGUUUGAAAUCUCUACGCCUGCACUUGCUCGGUACUACUGGACCCAGUUCACCAGCGGAAUAAAACAGAUUCAGAUGAUCGUUGAAAACAUAGCAGAGAAAGACCUUCCUACCGGUGGCCAGAUUGUAGAAAGUCAAAAGACCUCCUUCAUAUAUUGGUUUGAAAACGGGUGUCAGCUUGUUUCUACCGGAACUCUGGUAGCCCAAUACGGUCCCACAGGCAAGAUAGAACUCCUCGACAUUGGCACAGGCGGCCAUACAGAAUAUAUACCCCGUCACCAACUGCAACCUCCACCAUCCCCAGAGCAGAAACAGAGCCCGAGGAUGGGUAAACCCUUGAACAAGAGACAGAAACUCUCCGCUACCCCCUCAGUGUCUAUACCGGAUUCUAUGGUCACGGACGACGGAGUCCCAGUAGCAGUCAUGAGCUUCUUAGAGCAAAAUCAAGCUCUCGGCAUCAAUCCCAUGCCACCCGGUCAACGCACUCCAGGCAUCAACGGGACUAACCAAUUCGCCUCUCCCGCCGUGGGCCACUUGGGCAUCCCCGGUGUCCAGGGAUCCCCCCACAUAGGCGGGCCAACACACACGCCCAGCCCUGCCCAAAACCCUGUUGCCGGCCCAGUAGCCAUGGCAGCCCAGCAGAGCCAGCAAGGCACCAAUACAAGCGGCAGCCAGGGCACCAGUGCCAACACUAGUCCAAACGUGACUAAUAAACGCCGUCGGGCGAGUACUGUGAAGACCGAAGGAGAUGACAAUUCGUCUUCCAUGGAUGUCAACGGAGCUACACAGGGGAAUGCCAACAAGGUGAAAGCCAGUCCUAGAGUGGGCGGAAAGAGACAGAAAGGGACCAGCUGA